UGGUCACAGUUUACUGGAAGUCGUCGCUCUCGCUCAUCAACCCAACGUGUGGAUUAUAAAGACGAAAGAAUUCUCUCCGGACUCACAGGAGGAUGAGGACUCUGUUUUGAAUCAACAGGAACAGAAGCUGCCUCCGUUUAAACGUCGGCUCAUCUGCCCGGUCUGAGCUUUUUUUUUUUAUUUUUAUUUCAGAGCCAUUUUACUUUUACAACAUGCAGCAGCCUGAGACCCCACGCACAGCUCGGCAGCCGGCCACAGAAAUAGUGGAUCCAGCAGCUCAGUACAAGCGUCGAGGGAAAACAGCCCUGUGGGUGACGGUGUCCCUGCUGGCAAUGGCUCUGGUGGUUCUGACCGUGGGUCUGAUCUCGGCCACUCGCACCGACAACGUGCCCGUCGCAGGAUAUUACGCCGGCAUCACCCUCAGCUUUGGAGCAUUUCUGGGCAUCGUCGGCAUCCACCUGGUGGAAAACCGCCGGCCCAUGCUCGUUGCAGCAAUAAUCUUCAUCAGUAUCGGAGUCAUCGCCUCUUUCUUCUGUGCCAUCGUGGAUGGGAUCAUCGCUUCAGAGUUCAUUGACAUACGGCCCUUGGAGGAGGACAUGUGUGACUUUUACUCCAGUGGUGCAGGCUACUCCUAUGACAGCUACUACACCGAGGUAACGUGCCGCUCAUUCGACAAGGCCUGCAAGCUGAAGCUGAGGAGCAACACCUGCUACUGCUGCUACCUGUACAACUGUGAGAGCACAGAGUACCACACCCAGUACUACGAGUUCACCGGGGUCAACAGCUGCUGGGACGUGAUCCACCUGCACCGUCUGCUCUGGGCCUCGGUGGUGCUCAACGUGGUCUGUUUGUUCCUGGGCAUCAUCACGGCCGCCAUGCUGGGAGCGUUCAAGGACAUGCAGAAGCCGACUCCUCAGAUGGCUCCCAGCCCGGCGCCACCGCCUCACAUCCUCUACAACCCGACCCAGCACAUGCUCACCUACCCCGGCUUCUGUCCUUCGGGGCAGACGCUGCCCGCCUACCCCAACUACCCCCCCAUCCCCAUGCAGCACAACAGCAACUACCAGGCACCUGCUACCCCCCAGAUGAUCCCCGAAGGAGGCCCGGCCUCCAGCUCUUGCCCGUCCGAGGAGACCCAGAACCAGCAGCCCCCCCAGGUCCCGACCCAGCCUCAGAACCAGGGAGCCGGGAACCAGGACCCAGGAGGCUACAUGCUGACCCCCAACGCCCCCGUCCUCUACGCCUCUUCCUACGGCCCCUUUGAGAAACCUCCGCCUUACGCCUGUUGAGGCCCCUCGGAGGAGGAGGAGGAGGAUGAGGAUGAUGUUUUCCACCUGGUCCGACAGUAGCACAAGACAUUUCGUAGGUUGACCUCGCAGAAAGAAAAAACCACUAAAUGAGAGCGUCACAAACCUGCUGAUUAACGUUGAUCUGAACAGACGCAUAUUUAUAGAUUUAAGUCGUGUGAUUGUGUAGACGUGAGUAAGCUGUUCCCUGCGUAUUUAUUUAUUUAUUUAUUUAAAGGAAUAUGCUUAUUCACUUCCUUUAUCGAGAUGUUGCUACAGCCGGCAGCUGGUUAGCUUAGCUUAGCAUAAAGACUGGAAGCAGGGGAAACAAAUCGGGACAAGAUUAAAAAAAAAACUGAAGUGAAUAAGCACAUUUUACCCUAAAAUGUCACACUCUUCCUUUAAACCUAAAGCUGGCCUUUGGAUGCGGGCGUAUUCCCUACACACACACACACACAUAUAUAUAUAUAAAUUGUAUAGUAAGUGUAUUGUUGUACACUUGACCGUCUAGUAGUUACCUACCCUCCCUUUACCAACACUUUUUAUCUAUCUUUUAGCAAUUUAAACCCCCAAAAAUGAUUAAAAUUAUAUAUAUAUAUGAAAAAAUCUCAAGUUUAUGUGUCAGAUACUUUAUGUUUGUUUGUUGACUGUCUAAAUAGCUCUUUAAAUAAAAACAAAACCCACCUUUCCUACAAAUACAUCCAGAAAAUCAAUCUCAAGAUUGAUCUUAAAUUGGAAAAAGAAAUGUUUAUACGUCUUUAUAUCAUUUCUGUGUUUAUAUUCUUGUUAUCUAUAAUGAAAAAUAUUACAACUGUUAUCAAGAAUAAUAAAGUAUGUCAGGGCUCGUAUCCAUGUCCCCGUUAAAUAGGGAAAAGUCACUAAAUAUCAAACAAAUAAAUAUGUAAAUCAUAUAUUUAGAGACAUUAAAUGGAGUCAAAUCGACCCCGAACAUAACAGGAGGUUAAAUCCUUUCAGACGGGAUUAUUUACAGGAUUUGUUGCAUCGUCUCACUACACUCUCCGCUGUACGUGCAAUUAAAAGGGCUUUUUCUCUAAAUGUGAAGUGGAGAGUAAAUGGCACUGAUGUUGUUGUUGUUGUUGUUGUCAAUUGAUUUGUGUGGAUUAUUUAAUGUGCACUUUACAGUCAAUGUGUGUGUUAUUGAUGAUGCAUGUAAACUGCUGUAGGGGAGGGUUUGUGUAGCUGCUGCUGCUGCUGCUGCUGCUGCUGUUGUGUAAUAAUGUUCAACUAGCACCUGUAAGAAGUUCAUACAUUACAUUCAUGCGUGUGGAGUAAGGGCUUUUACAAACAAACAAACAAUUUAAAGGAAGAAUUCAAUAUUUUGGAAGCUUCAGUAGCUUCAGCAGCCUCUUAGCUUAGCAUAAAAAUGUAAAAAUCUGUUGACCUUUAAAACUCAGAAACGCAUCACAUCCAUACAAAAAACUUACAGUUUUAUAUUUUACAGACGAAGCCAGAGAAAAGAGAGCAAACACAUUUCCUGAACAUGUUAAACUUUUCCUUUAAAGGGCAUUUAAAGGCAUCACAAGUUCGACUCCUACGACUGAUACCGACCGGAUCGUUUCAUAUUAAAAGUGAGGCUGUGUAUAUUUUUGAAAAAAAAAAUUAAAAAAAAAGGACAUAAUCGUGUUUAAAUCAUCAGCAAUAAACUCAGUACACUCUGCUCCGGUCUGUCUCUGCCUGGUGUUUAGUUUAUGUGCAGUACUUUACAUCUCUGUAUUAACACACACUGGUUCAGUGACCUGUGUUUAUUGAGGCAACAGCAGCCAAAGUUAAACAGACUUUCUUUAAACUAAACUGUUUCCCAAGUGUGUGAUAAUGUAGAUGGUUAUAAACGGAGCGUGCAGGUUCAUUCUUGAUUUUUUUUAACUUGUAUAACCUUUAACAUAAUAACCUGCAAAGCUCAAUAACACAAGCACAAAAACGAAUGAAAUAACCAACAUUUUAUGCCUAUAAUGGGGAAAUGGCUCAUUUUAGUGUUGAACACUAAAAAAUCACAAAUUUGACCAUUUACCUCAUAAAUUAAACCCUAAUAUUGCAGAAUGCAUGAUUUUAUUGUGUUACGGCUGAGAGAUUAAAAAAUAUUUAGUUAUAAUGAAAGUCAAUGGGAAUUUUUUAAAAAUCUGAUGCUAUUCAAAAACUAAUAAUGCGAUUAACUCAACAUUUUAGAUGAUCUUGUUCAUGCCCAAGACGGAUCUGAAAACAAAAAUGCCCCAGCCACCCAACAUGAGUUUUAUGAAAUAUAGCUAAUGUUUCAUGUAAAAAAAUUAGUGACUUCAAGUAAUGAAACUGGAAUUAAAGGGGUUUAAAUUCCUCCAUGUGACUGAAUGUUUGGUAGAUUCGUAAAGUGCUGAAGUGGUUUAAGAGAUUUAUGUAGAAAAAAUCAGAAACUAUCUAGAAAAGGAUACAAAACCCUAAAAUUCUUAAAAUUUGUCCACCAUAUUUAACCAAACCUCAGCGGACAAAAACAUCCAUCUCCAAAUACUGCUAUAAAAACUUAACUGACACAAACUGUUGGAUUUUCUUCACAGUGAAGUGCAGUGAGAUAAGUGGCCCGUGUUUUUAUUUUCUUUGUCUAUUUUUCUCAUAAAUGAAAACCUAAUAUUGAAGAAUGAAUAAUUUUACUGUGUCGUGGCUGAGAAAUCAUAAAAUGUAGUCAUGAUGGAAGUCAAUGGGAAAUUUUUGUGCACUAAGGUUACAAGGUGGGUAGUAAGUUUUAAAUCUGAUGCUACACAAAAAACUAAUAAUUUAAAAUAUAUAUAUGAAAAAAACAGUGACUUCCAGAAAUUAAACUGGAAUUUACAGGGUUAAAAUUCCUCAAAAUGAUAGAAUUUUUGGUAAAUUUGCAAAGUGCUCAAAUGAGAUUUAUGUAGAAAAAAUCUGAAAAAUUAAGUUUUAUAGCAAUUUUUGAACAUGGAUGUUUUAGUAGUAGUAGUAUAUUUUUUUGUUGUGUUCUGUUGACCUAUUAGAAUUAUUAUUAUUAUUUUUUUAUUGUGCCAUAUGCACCAACACACCCAAAAAUGGCAGUAAAAAAGAAAAAGGAAAAUGGACAAAAAUGGCCCUAAAGUUGCCUGAGGGUUAAAUCAUGUAAAUGCAUCUUUGACAGCUCAUAUAAAAAUGGUACGCUACAUAGAUUUAUUUGUUUUCUUGUCGUGUUUUAAGGCUGAGAUAAGCGCCCACUUUUUGUAUCAUUGAUUUGUUUUGUCAUGUUAUUUUUUGUGUUAUUUGUGAAAAUGUGAAGAGUUAAAAUAUAUAACAGAAGAACAUGUUGCUUCUCCUGCUGAGGUUAAAACCUGGACCAUUAAUUGUGAAGAACAAGACACCACCAAGGUUAAUGUGAACAUCUGUGGGUUCACCACCUACAGAUGUUCCUAAUAAAAACAAAAACUGGUUCAUUUAGAGCCAAAGAGGCCACUUGGAAACUUGACAAGUCUGGUUGUUGAACACAAUUUUUUUCUUGUAGACUCUAGCAGUUAAAUUAAUAAUCCUGAUUUUUCCAAACUCAAAAUAUCAAGAAGUUCACUAAACUUGCAAAAAGUGGUUUGAAAAUGUUGCCUUAUUUGUGUUUUUAGUUGAGUCUAAGCAACAGUUUUUACAGUGUAUAAUAAUCUAGUUUUGACUUUUUUUUUUAUUAUUUCUAGCAGAACAUGUGGCUGGUGAGGAACAGACAGUGAAGUGUAUCUAACAGAAACCACACAGUGAACAAAUAGUUUUUUUUUUUUUUGAAAAUACUCUAUAAUGUUCAUACAGCUGCUUUUAUUUUAUUUUUUUUUUUAAAUAGGAUUUUCACUGAUGAGUGAAGUUAAAACUCAAAAGGCAGACUCCUCUCAGCAUUGUACACAUACUGGCAGUUACAGUGAAAAAUAAAAACUAUAGAGAAGUUCCAAGAUACAACACGUGAUAAAAAAUAAAAAUGAACAAUAAUGAGUCGAGCUCUUAGAUUUCAGGCAUUCAUUCAUCAAGAAAACUAUAAAAUGAUACAUUACAAAGGAAGUCAAACCACACUGGAGCCCUUUUGGCAUUCUCAAUCACAGACGCUCCGACGACAUUCUUCUUUUUGUUUUUGUUUGUGUUUUUGAAUAAGCACCUAGAAAAUAAAAUUAAGUCCCUAAAAAGGUUGUUGCUACUUUGAUCCCUGGCUAUUGCUCUCGACGGUCUCUCACUUUGGGGGAAAAGGAAUCACAGAUUUGUCAUUCUACUAAAAAAAUAAAAAUAAUAAUUAUAAUAAUAAUAAUAAUAAUAACAAAAUAGCAGAUGAAGAAGAAGAAGAAGUUGAGAGACUUUUUCUUUUAACUUUGGAUCAACUCAAAUGUGCAGAAAUCUCCCAGGGAACAUAAGGUAGUAUUUUGCUUCCUGUUCUUUUUUCAUAAAGCAUUGUACAGUCACAUUAUUUACAUAUUCAGUAUAAUACAGCGCACUCUCUCUUUUUUUUUUUUUUUUAUUCUCAGUAGCUUGUGUGGUGCGGUCGAUGCAGUGCUUCCUGUCUCCCUGUGCUUCUGUGGCUAAUCCGUUACCAUCAUCAUCAUCAUCAUCAUCAUCAGGUUGGUUCAUGGCAGCCGUUAACUGUGACUGUGACGUUUGAGGGACAGAAGACGUUAUCUGGUGUUAGUGUUAGUCAGCUCUUGAACAGUGACUUUUCAACGGCGGCGAUCGCUGGGGGUUAAGUGUUUUGUUUUUUGUCGGGUUGUUACAGUACUGCAUCUUGGCGUCCGGGAGCGGAAGGGAAGCUUGACGGCAAAGUUUUGCGUUGGUGGUUGUUUAAGUAGGCACAUGGUUGAGUUUUUUUAAAGGUCGCAGGCGGACGCGGUUGCGCUUCUUUAGUCGAGGGGGGGGUUGAAUGGCUUUUUUUUUUUUUUUUUUUUUCCCCCGUGUGCGCGCGCGACCGCCUGCGACGAUGUGCAAGCUUUUUGUAUUGAACACAAAGACGUGCCUAACACCACGCCUCCACCUGAGGAGGGAGGAGAAGGGGGAGGAGGGGGAUGCAGCUCGUUGGGGGCGAACGCGAUUUAUCAGCCCCCAGUCGAAUAACCCGAGGUAACUCGAGGUUAAUCUGAGCACCUGUUGGCAUAUUUUCUCUGAGUAGGGCUGCUCAUGUAGGACUAUUUAUCUGGUCCCUAUACAUAAACAUAUAUAUGUAUAUUUUUUUCCUUUCACUUGAUUUAUAACUUGAUCAUUUCAAGCUUUGUGAAUGUGAUCUUUAGGUGAGCUGGAUAUAAGGGAGUCACCCCCACCCUGCCUGAAAAGGCUGCAGUCGAUCUGCAUUUUUUUAAAAACAGGAUCCGGGUUCGGCCUUUUUACGAGGAUUGUGACACGAUGGGCAGUUUUUGAGGCAAUGUCAUGCAGCUCCCACAUCCUUUUUUUUUUUUUUUUUUAGAACAUGGGGAUGUUGCUCAUUGACGGACGUAAUUGUGAGACAACAGUAAAAGGACGAGAGGGUGCGUCUGAGCUAAUGCACCGUGAUAACUGCUUUUUUUUUAGUUAUAA